AUGCUGUAUCUGUGUGGGUAUGCUGAGAGAAAGGCCGUUGCCACUGACCACUUAGAAAGUAGAAAAGAGCCGCUUUCUUGGAUACACUGGCACUACUAUUGCUUCCUACCCUCCAACUCUCCUCUUGUUGCCUCUCCGCACAGGAACAUUCCGAUCAGUCUUCCCUGCUGCUGUCCUGUGUCCCACCUCGAGGGAUCUGCGCCUGGUACUGUACGGAGUACACUGCUUCGCGCUACCAUCAUCUGGCAGGGGUUCAGCAACCGUCAACUUCUUUGUCGCAUUAAAUCUCCUCCUUCCACCACUUGUACUUCUUCCACCACUUGUCGCUGUCACGCAUCGUAUCAGAUAAGCCUCGCCCACCCGCAUCCAUCAUCAACGGCUCCUCGCACUCGAAUAAUCAAAUAUCGUCUUUCUUACCGCGCCGCCCAUUUCGGAGAUACAAAAGUCUCUCGUCGCCACGGCAGACCAGCUUUCCGGGUAUCAAACCUACCCUGCUACACUGAUCCAACAUCGAACGAACUGCCCCUAUCUCCGACGUGUCAGCAUAUUUUGAACAUAACAGACCAACUAUUUCUUUUCUUACCAAGUAACAACGAACCACGGGACACCUCACAGCACAUUACGUUGUCAUCCGAAUCAUACCAAUUAAACACGACGACAAAUGUCGUACCAAUCUAG